AUCAUCAUGGACCCUACCAAGGCGCAGACGGCGGCUACUUUUGCUCAUCUCAAGAAAGACAAAGCCAACAAGGCAUGCUUCGAUUGUGGGGCAAAGAAUCCUACUUGGUCAAGUGUCACUUUUGGUAUUUAUCUCUGUCUUGAUUGUUCUAGUGUACAUAGGAAUCUCGGAGUCCACAUUUCUUUCGUACGAUCAACGAACCUGGACUCGUGGAAUUUGCAACAACUCCGAACUCUCAAAGUCGGAGGUAAUGCUUCCCUAGCCGAUUUCUUCACUAAACACGGAGGGUCGAGUCUUCUUCCACCUGGAAACUCUGACGCGAGGACGAGAUAUACCAGUAGACAAGCUGGUUUGUACAAGGAAGAAUUAGCCCGGCGUGUGACGGAGGACGCUAGGAAAUAUCCACACGGUAUUCAUGUCGAUGGUCUCGAACUCACUCCACUUGCUUCACCAGCCAAAGCUGACAAUCCCGAUGACUUCUUUUCCACAUGGGACAAAGCUCCUGUCUCCAAACCUGCCACUCCUGUCCCAUCUGCCAAAUCAACUCCACCCCCUUCCAUAGGAGUUGUCAAACCUUCACGCACAGUCACUUCCUCUGCUCUUCGUGCUCAACCCAACGCUCGACCUGCCGUGACUCCCAGACUAUCCGCUAGUGGUACCGCCCCUUCGUCCGGUGCGAAGACCUCCAAACUCGGUGCCAAGAAAGCUGCCACAUCUAUCAACUUUGAAGAAGCUCAGAAGAAGGCGCAAGAGGAGGCUGAACGGAUCAAGCGAUUGGGAUAUGAUAAGAUGAAAGAGGAGGAAGAAGCUAAAGCUUUGAAGGAACGUGAAGCUGAGGAAAGACGGAAAAAAGCUGCAGUGGGAGAAACGGUCAGUAGGACUACCACACCUGCUAAUGGUACGGUGAGAAAGGAUGAUAAACCUGUGCCGGUCAGAUUGGGCUUUGGACAAACAGCAGGUGUGGCAGCGCCUGCCGUGGCGAAACCACGAGCUGAGGUCGCGGAUGAACCACACGCUGCCAGAGACCGAUUCGGGAAUCAGAAAGGUAUCUCCUCCGACAUGUUCUUCAACCGGGGAUUACAUGACCAAUCAGCCUCUGCUGAAGGUCGUGAACGUCUACAACAAUUCGCCGGAGCCACCGCCAUUUCUUCCAACCAAUAUUUCGGUAGACCGGAGGAAGACGACGAAGCCGAUCGUGAUGGUGCGGGAGAUAUCCUCGGUUUGGGCGAUAACGAGACUAUCCAGGGGUUGGAGAGAGGUAUAAGGGAUUUGGCUGGGAGGGUCAUGGCUAAUCCUGAUGUUCAGAAUUUGGGUGAUCAGAUCAGGCAAGGGGCUUUGAAGCUGAGCGAUUUCCUCUCUUCCCUCGAAGGGCGCUAG